AGCUGGAACGCUGAGGUAGAGGCGUGUGUGCAGACAAUUGUAGACUCAUACGACGGCCUACAGGCGAAGAUGAUGAACACAGAGGACUGUUCGUCUGAAGACAUCGCUAAGAUCAGUCGCGAACUGGGCGAUGCGUCACGUGCGGUGGAGCAGAACAAUUUGCGACGAGUUUUGCUGCAAGAUGUGCAGGAGUUAUCCUCCAUGGUCGACUCAGAUGACACUGACGCUGAGCUCAAGGCUAUGGCUGAGAUGGAAGUGGAGGAGAAAACCACUGAACUGCGAGCGGUGGAAGCAGAAUUGCUGAGAAGUAUCGUUCCCAAAGAUUCGGCCGACAGUCACAACGCCAUGUUAGAGAUCAGGGCAGGCGCAGGAGGUGGUGAGGCCAGUCUCUUCGUCCAGGAUCUAUUUAGCAUGUAUCAAGCCCUAGCCAAACGCCAGGGGUGGAGGACAGAAAUCUACUCAACCAGUCCCACAACCGCAGGUGGCAUGAGUGAAAUAGUAGCAGGUGUGAGCGGUGUCAAUGUGUUUGGUGUCCUAAAACACGAAAUUGGGACUCAUCGGGUGCAAAGAGUCCCCGCAACCGAGACACAGGGCAGGGUGCACACCUCCACAGCCACAGUAGCGAUCUUACCAGAAGCCUCGGAUGUGGAUGUGGAUGUGAAAGACAGCGAUAUAAAGGUAGAUACCUACCGCUCGGGUGGUGCGGGUGGACAGCAUGUGAACACCACCGACAGUGCUGUGCGACUGACCCACAUCCCUACGGGAGUCAUCGUAUGCAUCCAGGACGAGAGAUCGCAACAUAAGAACAAAGCUAAGGCCAUGCUGGUGCUGAAGACGCGCAUUUUCGACGCAGAGCGAGAGCGUCUAGCCACUGCGAGGGCUACCGCCCGAAAGGAGCAGGUUGGUACUGGCAGUCGGUCCGAGCGCAUUCGCACGUACAACUACGCACAGGACCGUGUGACAGACCACCGCAUCAACAUGUCACACUAUGGACUGAUGGAUGUGCUUAAUGGGCCUGUGCUGGAGGACUUCAUUGGGGCAUUGACCCAGGCGAAGGAGAUUGAGCUGCUAGAGGCACAGUUCGGUACAGCAGAGGCGUAG